ACUAGGAAUACGAGACAGACUCUCGCUCGUCUACUGGAUCAGAUGUGACAAGAGAGCAGAGCAAGGGCCAGAAAGAAAAAGAAGAUGUUUAUUUUUCGAUGCUCUUAGUCGAUGCCAUACAAGGUUCAAAAACAACGUUGUCAUCUGAUGUAAUUCAAUAUGCUGACAGGACCCUCCCGGUUCCUUCUUUUCUCUUUUCUGUUCUUAUGCUUCAUUUUUCUCCGCUUCUUCGUCUUCUUCUUCUUCGUCCGCCCGUUCACCUCCAGACUUCGAUGCAAGAGGGAAAAAGAAGCAGAGGACAACACCAUCAGCAGCAGAGAAAAGAGAGAGAGAGCGAGAGAGAAAGAAUUGACUAGUGAACGCAGCACGCCUCGCGAGAUCUCUCUUCUUUUCUUGCGCGUUCUUUUCUCUAACCAUGAGCUUAUUCGAUAUGCUAGUCGUUCAGCAGCUCUGCCACUGAUGCAGUAACGUCGUCAUCGGCAUGGUGAAGAGAAAAAUUCUGUGCGCGUGAUCUGUGCGCCUCGAUGCACCACCAGCACCAUUCACAGAGCAUCAGACUUUCUUUUCCUCUGAAGUCGUUCGCAAUGUCGAGAGAAAAAGAGAAGAAAGACGAGGAGGAUGCCCUUGAAUGCAAGCUGCGUUUUUCGUCGAUUGCAACCGAUAAACAGUCCUCGAAUGAUAAAAGGGCCAAUUGUAUAUACAUUCGUGGGUCAUUUCGUUCGGCUUCCAAUCGAUUCGAGAUAGUUAAUGCAGAGAGAGCGAGAGAGAAAUAGAAAAGUCAUUGAUCAAGAGGAGAGUGAAACUCCUUUUCGUCCUGUGAUGCUUGUUAAUCUCGUUGUGUCAUUUCUUUUUUUCCUCUUCGCCGUCUUCUCUACUCUAUAUGUACGAGAGCACGAGGGAAGUUCGUGAGUGAGGGAAGAGACAAUCCCUGUUCUUUUCAUUUAUCCGUCUUCGUUCUUCGUUUUUUCUCCUUGUUAAGCUCUUAUAUAAGCACAUACAUUCGUACAUACAGGCAUCACACACACACACACAGCAAAUACUAAACGCGAGCACGACGCGAGAGACAGAGACAAGAAGAGCAGGUUACAUUUCGUUGACCUUCGUUUCAAAAUCAAACUUUUGUCUCUGUCGUCUGAUCACAUUCUAUUGUCUUGUUUUGUUCAUUGUCUCUCCGUAGACAAACAUUAGUGAUCACUGUGCUGUUGAUCGAAAGGAUAACGAUGCCAUUUAUUGGACGAGACUGGCGCGCUAAUGGUGAGCAAUGGACAAAAACAGAUAUUGGCUCGUGGGAACGACCGAGACGCGUGUCUCUAUCAAGUUCUUCCAUUAAUUUAAACUCCAGUCUCUCCGAUGUAUUCAAUGCUCUCGAUGUCGCCAAUUCGGUCAGCAACAUCCGACGGUUUAAUUACAUUGCUAAAGUUGUACAAAUUCUCUUCAAAGAGAAAUUAGGUGAAUUAAGCGGUAAUGCUCAACGCUCCCUCUUCCAAGUGAUUGGACGAAUGAUCGACAUGGGUAAGGGAAGAGACGAAGCUCCCGCUGAAUUCGAACUUCGUCUGUGA